AGCGCCAGACGGGAACAGGGGAACCCAAACCCUACCACCGCCGCCCUCUCAAUCAAUUCCCAAUCUUCCCUGCAAAAAAAAAAAAUCAAUUCCCAAUCUAUCUCGCUGGAGUACCCUCUUCCCCGACGCCGGUGAACAGAUUCGUCGCCCAAAUCGGCCGUGCGAGAGACCGGAACGCGGCACCGCCGCCGCAGGGGGGUCGAAGUGCCGCCGUAGCUCGCCACCGUCCGCAGCGCCUCAGUUGGGCGGAAUCUGAUCUGACGGAGCACCGGCGACUGGUCACCAUGCCGGGCAACGGAGGCGCGACCGGCCUGGACGAUCUUCCAGAGGGGAUCGUUGUCGAAGAGAUCCUCGUCCGUUUGCCGCCCAAGGACAUCCUCCGCUGUCGCGCUGUCUGCAGGUGGUGGCACAGUGCCACCUCGACCGACAAGUUCAUGCUGGACAACCACCGCCACCAGCCCUUGCUCCCAAUCCUCAGCCACGUCGUCGAGCCGCAGAAAGCCCACCUCCUGUUUUCCUUUGACGCCGGCGCAGGCUGGCAAAAGCUCUGCCCUAUCAUCCGGACCUACGACUACCGUAAACUCCAGGCCGUGUGUGACGGUCUCUUCAUCGUGUCCUAUGGAUCCAUGGCAGAUCAGUUCAUCUGCAAUCCGGUCACCCGCAAGUAUGCUCGCCUAGCAAAGCAUCCGACGGAGCGUGGUUUUUACCACCGGAUUGUCGGCUUCUACCGGCACCAACCAUCUGGAUGAGAAUUCCGAGUGUUAUGGAUCUCUAGUCCGACAAAUUACAACGCAUACCACACAAAUUACAGAACUUUCUACUAUGUCAUAGCGGUGGGAUCCGAUAGUACAAGAUACAUCAGACAAGGAUGCAUCACACAACCAACAGUCUCAUCUUCCUUGGAGCUGGCGUUACGCAGGGGCCUACCUGAUUCGUCCCAACAUCCACCAGUCCACCACCGUGGCGGCCUGCACUGGAAACUUGGAAAAUACCACGGCUGCGAUGCGGACUACAUAAUGGUGUUCAACACAGCAGCUGAAAAAUUUCGAUUGAUGUGUCGUCCUGCCCGAUUGGGCGACUUCUUACAAGAGUCGUUGCUGGAGAUGGAUGGCACUCUUGCUUUGUGCAGCAUCUGCAGUGACAAACACACCAUAGAAUUUUGGGUGUUACAUGACUACGAUGCUGAAACAUGGUCUUUGAAGCACCGGAUUAGGCCUCUUUUGGUUCAUAGGAUAGGAUUAUCAUAGGAAUAGGAAUCUUAUAGGAAAUGAGAUGACAUGUAUCUCAAAUCCUAUGAGUAGGAAUAGGAAACAAGAUGUCAUUUGGUUGACACCAA